UGUCGUCAACUCUUUCUUCGACGGGAUCGGGAUCUCUCUCUUCUAAUGGGAAUGAGACGGAACGCCCUCGGUGACGAAGGGGGGGUAGGAGGAGUAGGAGGGGGAGGAGUGGGUGUUGUGAGAGGAUUGGGCACGACCGCAGGAGCGAAUGAAGCCUUGGCUGGAAAGAGAAAAGGUGUGGAAAGAGGUGAUGAUGAUGAUGAUGAUGUGGAGGAGGCGGAGGAGGAGGAGGAGGAGUUAGUGAGAGAGUGGCGAAACGAAGAAGAGGCUGACGAGGAUGAAGGUGAUGACAUUGAUGAUGCGAAUGAUGGUGAUGAGCUGGAAGAGGAGGUGGGAGCAAUGCCAUGUCAGCAACAGUGCCACGUCAGCAGUGCCACAUCAGCAGCAGUGCCACAUCAUCAGCAGCCCCACGUCAGCAGCCCCACGUCAGCAGCCCCACGUCAGCAGGGCCCCGCCACCAUGACGGGUUCAUCAUUGGGCCUGCCAGGCCAACAGGUCGAUGAGUCCAUUGACGAGUACCAUCAGCGGGUUCUAGCUCAUCUCGCACUGACCGAGGUGGAGGUGCAGCGCCAGGUGGCAGCCGAGGCUGCCCGCGUACAAGCUGAGGCAGAGGCAGCAGCUGAAAAGCAGUGGCUGCAGGCCGAAGCAGAAGCAGAUGCCCAGGCCCUCCGCAAGGAGGCCCAAGAGCUGCUGCAGCGGCACGAAGCCACCAGCAUCGACAAGCUCAAGUUCUGGCAUUUUGAACCAUCCGCCAGCCACGAUAACACAACAUCGGAAGAGCAGCACAAGGAGUUUUUCUCCAAAUUUGUGACACAGUUGGUUUACACUUGUAACCACCAACAGUCCGAGUUAGACAAACAACUCCAGGAACUGGCGAAACAACACCAGGAACUGGCGAAACAGCACCAAGACUUGGUGAGUCUCCGAUGGGCAAUGCAGAACCACAAGGGUCUGCACGAGGAUGCUACACGGGCACUUCAUUCCCGUGUACAGGACUUGGAGAAGGGCGCACCAAGACCAAAUGCUGGCGAGUCCAGUAAUGCACCCUCUACCCGCCAAUUGGAGGAACGAGUUGAUCAUGUAGUCGCAAUGCUCGGCGACAUCACCACCUUCGUUGCACCAGCCACCAUCAGCGAGCAGCUCGGCACCUUGCAGACCGAACUCAGGCAGCUGCACCAGCUGCCCGACAACGAUUGCAGCACAUCGAAGCACUACAAGAUGCCAACGUUCAGGAUUGAGAAAUUUGACGACUAUACCCAUCAGGACCCAGUCGUCUGGUGGGACGGUUUUACAACGGAGCUUGGGAUUCACGAGGUCCCCGAAUACUUGUUCAUCUCGGCGCUGUUCCUCAACGUCAAGGGCGGAUGCCAGAUCUGGCUCAGCCACAUGGCAACCAUCAACGGCGUCCAGUUGGCAUUUUUGCACGUGCGCCGAGAGUUCUACAACCGGUCGUGUGCCACCUUGAGUCUCACACUCAGUGAUCACAAGCAGUACACGAACUUUGCCGAAAUUAUCGAGAAGGCGCGAAAGAUCAUCAAGACCAACCGGGCUGCUGCACACGAGGAGUCAGCGUGGCAGCCAACCUAUGUGGAGAAGGGAAAAUUUGGUCUGCGUCCGCAACAUGUCGCUGCAGUCCAACCGGACAACAUUGUGGAAGACCUGGCAGCCACCUCAACAUCACGUGAGGGAGAUCAGGUGGCCGUCGUCCAGCCGCGAAGCAACAACAACUCCCGUGGAAAAGGGAUGGUGAAAACCGCAUUGCCGGCGGGAAAUGGACAGCCAGUACCAUGGGUCAAGUUCAACUUGAUCGAGGCCGAAUACAAGUACUGUAUACCAACUCCGUUGAUGGACACCGGGGUAGAGGUUGUUGACCUUCACGACUAUGUUGCGAAGAUCGACCGCGAGUUCAAGACACAACGUCGGAGUUUGGACGAGCGUGUGGAGCACCUGCGCACCGUUUUGGACCGGCUACGACAAGCCAAGUACAAAGCCAACCGCGACAAAUGUGAAUUCGCGCGGCAAGAGCUCGAGUACUUGGGCCAUUAUGUGACGCCGCAAGGCAUCCAUCCGCUUGUGGACAAGAUCGAGGUCAUCCGCGCGUGGCCCGAGCCCACCAACACCACGGACGUUCGCUCAUUCAUGGGAUUGGCGGGCUACUAUCAACGCUUCAUCACCGGGUACUCAAGGAUUGUCGCACCUAUGACGAGAUUACAAUCGUCAAAGGUGCCAUUCGUAUUCGAUGACGACGCACGGCGGUCAUUCCAAGCACUCAAGACGACCAUGCUCAUGGCACCCGUCCUUAGCAUUUACGACCCCACCUUGCCAACGAGAGUGACAACUGACGCUUCCGGCUAUGGCAUUGGGGCAGUCUUGGAACAACACGACGGCGAUGAUUGGCACCCCGUGGAGUAUUUCAUCCACAAAGUGCCUCCCAUCAACUCACUUGAUGAUGCAAGGAAGAAGGAGCUACUCGAGUUUGAGUGCAGUAUGGCCGGGAAUGAUAAAGCAAUGGACAGUGUCCGAGGAAUAACACAGCAUGCUAGGGAGGAGACGACCGGUCCGAUGGAGAGAGCGGGGCUGACACUCCGUGCAACGAUGUGGAAGGCCAGCCAAAAAGGCGCGAAGCAAGAUGUGGAAGAUGGAGCGAGGAUAUUGAUGCAUAAGCGGGGUAGGCAAAGAGAAGCAGCCGCAAGGACAGCGGACGCUGCCACACGUGCGUUGACACUGACUAACACUGGUCAGGAGUUGUGGUGCUCCGCGCUCGCAACUAAAUUGCGAGGACGCGCAUUCUCCACAUGGGAGAACUAUUAUACCCAUCGUACUCGCCCAGGUGAGGCUCCCACUCUCGCGGAUUUCACUGCGUUCCUCUAUGACCGCGACGACACUCUCCACGAUGCAACCGACGCCUUAGAUCGGGUCAUCCAGACGGAGUGGCGCGGGUCAUCCGCACCAGCCGAUCUUGAGCGUCACAUUAGAGUGUUUCAAGACGCCCGCCUCAUUUGCGAUAAAGCACUCCUACCUGAGGUGCUUUUGACCAACAGGUUCGUAGUCAGUCUUCCAACUGACUAUCGCAUCGAGCUCUGGCGACAGAGCUUCGCCUCCUCCGAGCAGGCCUACGAGGCUGCUCGACAGUACCAGAAGAUGCGGAGUCACUUCUCCGACACCCCAUCUUCUUUGCGAUCCACCGCCACCACCACCCAGUCACGCGGCACCACGUGCGGUCGAUCCUCCUUCGCCGACCGCUUUCGCCGACCAGCUCAACCCGGAGCGCCAUUCUCUCGGCGCUACAGUUCUCUAGAGUACGGCACGGACGCCUCGGUCGAGCUUGACCCUACCCUUGAGGAUGCCCCCGAGGACAUCGAGCUCCGAGACGUCAUCCAGUAUCACUUGGAUGACGACACUGUUCCGGUGGCUUAACGCCUGCAGAUGGCCAUGUCCGCCAUGGGUCGUGCACACACUCGGGUUGCACAGGCUGGGGCCCGCACGUCCACAG